UUGCGUUCAGAUAAGGAGCUUGUGGAUAGCUCGUGCUUCCAACGCCUCUCACUCAGAGGCCAACCGACUGGAGAAUACUGACCACCAGAUAGAAUCAUCAAACAACCAAUCAAAUGGUUCAGGUUUCAUAAGAGAGAGGAAACCAUAAAAAUAUUAUAUGUAGAAUAUCUUGGAGAUAGCUGAAACUAUUUCAACUUAUCGCAAACGCAACGCCACAAAACCAAAGGGAAGUGAGAGAGAGAGAGAGAGAGAGAGAGAGAGCAGAGAGGGAGAUGGCUUCAUUGAACAUGGCAUUCGGAAUGGCAGCAGCUAAAAGCAGAGUGUUUAUAACAAAGGCAACAAAGAGCAGCAGCAGCAGCAGCAGUACUGUGGUGGUGGAGGAGAAAGGGCCCCUUGACUGGAUACUGGGAGCCCUACAGAAAGAGGAUCAGCUCCUCGAAACUGAUCCUAUCCUCAACAAGGUAGAAGAGAAGGCCUCGACGGUUGGCUCCAGAAAGUCCACAACAUCAGUUUCUGUUCCCAGCAAGAAGAAAUCAGGUGGCUUCGGCGGGCUCUUUGCCAAGAACUAGAAUCUCACUGUGUCUGUCGACACUCCUUUUCUUUAACUUGUUAAACUGGCAAAAUGCUUCCUUCGUAUGAGCUGUAAUGUCUAAUACCUGUUGAUGCUACUUCAUUCUGUACUGUCAUUUAGUCGAGCUGUAUGAAUUGAUUUGUCUUUGAAGCA